AUGAAGCUCGAAGUUUUCUCCGCGCAUCACUUUGCACAAAAGCCAAUGGAGAUGUCUCUGGAUGUGGAAGGAAGAGUGCCGUCCCCUCUCUCCGGGGAUGAGUUGGGGUCAGACGGGGACUGCGUGGCCAACAGCCCGGCACCUGUCACCUGCCAGGCUGGAGACGGCGGUAAGGGAAAACCCUACACCCGGAGACCAAAGCCUCCUUACUCUUACAUAGCCCUGAUCGCCAUGGCCAUCCGGGACUCCGACAGCGGCCGCCUGACUCUGGCUGAAAUCAAUGACUUUCUGAUGAAGAAGUUUCCCUUCUUCCGCGGCAGCUACACGGGCUGGAGGAACUCCGUGCGCCACAACCUGUCCCUCAAUGACUGCUUUCUCAAAGUUCUCCGAGACUCCUCCAGACCCUGGGGGAAGGACAACUACUGGAUGCUCAACCCGCACAGCGAGUACACUUUUGCGGAUGGUGUGUUCAGACGCAGGAGGAAGCGCAUCGCGAAGAGGCCAAACAAAGAGGACCUCCCGGACCUGACUGAGGACGAGUCCCAGCGCAGCCUCCUCCGCGGCGCGCAGCAGGAGGACAGGGUCAAGUUCUCCAGCUCCUUUGCCAUCGACAGCAUCCUCAGCAGACCGUACAGGCGCCGGGAGGAGGCAGAGGCUCAUGGGAACUAUGGGGCCAGGCUCUAUUGGCCCCCAGGAGCCCCUCACAUGCUGCCGUGCGCUCUGAACUUUAACUACCUGCCAGAGGCGCGCGUGGAGCCCGUGCACACGCAAGUCGUGCACACGCAGGUCGUGCACGCCUCGGCCGAGGCCAGGCUGCCCAGCAAGACGCGUAGCUUCCACAUAGACUAUCUGCUCUCGUGA